UUUCCUAUAAAACGCCACAUGCCCACAUCGUGUUGCUUCCCCAACAGCCUAUCAUCAAUUGAAUCAAUCCACCACCGUCGCAAUCUCCUCCGCCAUCGUAGAGAUGAGCUCAGCUGCAGCAUACUACUACACCGGAUGCGAACACGACUACGAGCCGCACUUCCUCGAUUCCUGCUCCCUCUGCGGCCGAUCGCUCUGCCAAAACAACGACAUCUUCAUGUACAGAGGGAACACGCCGUUCUGUAGCCAGGAGUGCAGGCAAGAACAGAUAGAGAUGGAUGAGGCGAUGGAGAAGAAGAAAUGGAGGAGGUCUUCUUCCUCCAAGAGAUCGAGCGAUGCGAGACAGAGCUCCGACGAAUCCGACAUGAAUAAAGCUGUACGGACGGGAACAGUGGCUGUGGCCUGAGAUUAAACUUGAUUCCAAAUAAUUAAGUAUACAGGAGUAUUUGAGAAGAAAUUACUGAUAACUUCAUCGAUGAAAGAGAGAGAGAGAUGGGUGCAGAAGAAGUCCGUACCGACAAUUUUGAAUUUUCCUUAUAGUUAUAUUUUUCCUUUCUUUUUCUUCUCUGAGAAUUUGGUGUAUAUUUCAUGAGGUAUAAAUCUUGGUUAUUUGACUAGUA